AUGUUCCUCACACAUGUUGUAGAUACAGAGACCGGCACCGAAGAUGAGUCCAGGGAUAAUGGAACAUUCGCAUCUUCUGCUGAGGAUGUGAGCUCCAUCCAUGCCAUGUCUCUGGAUCACUUGGAAAAAUCAGACCGACAUGGCAAGACUAACAUCAGCGACGUUGGGCAAAACCAAAACCCCUUCAAAGGACGGAAGCGCCGUUCCGAUCCUGGGUCCAUGCAGCCAUUGCUCGCUGUUGUGGUGCCAGCCAUCUCCCAUCAUCCUCCAGGAGACCCGGCAAGCCUUCCUGAGAGUACCAUGCUGCCUGUGGGCGACAAGGGGAGUGAGUCGGACACAAGCAGCGAAAGCAACCCCUCCGAUCAUGAUUAUGUCAUGAGCAGCGGCAAUGACAGAGAUUCAGUAAAGGAACUGUUGUUGAAGCGAUGCUAG